AUGAGCCCCCCUCACCCCGGCCGGGGCCCAGCUUUAAUUAGCCAUGGCCCAGAGCGGCUUUCCCCGGCCAUCUGUAGCCCCGGUCACCGACCUAAUCGGGGGGAUAAGCUGCUUAUGGAGCCGCAGCUGGAGCGGGCGCUGAGGGGGCCGAGGGUGGUUGUCGCCGCGGAGGAAGCGCCGGCUCAGAGGCGUGUGGUCCCCGGGGCCCAGCGGUGCAGCCGGGGCCUCUCGCAGUGGAUCUCAAAGAACUGCUUCUGGUCAUUGAAGGUGAAUGAGCAAAGUUUCUGGCACUUUUGUGACAAACAAAUCCUAACAAGGUGUUUCCAAGCCUGGAGGAGACAUAUCCUUUGGAAGAGGGCAGCCACGCAGCUUUACAGACUCCAGCUGCUUCAGAAGGGCUUUGGUGCUCUGCAGUGGACUGUGCACCAAAGGAGGACACAAUUGGAGGUGGCCCAGCAGAGACAUGCUUCAGCUCUGCUAGCUGCCAGCUUCCAGAGGUGGAAGGAAGCUAUGGCAAAACAGAGCAAGAAGGAAGCUCUGCAUCCUGAGCCUUACUCCUAUACCCAAAGUUCAUCAGCAGGGAUUUUUGCAGUAGGAAGAUUAGCCACUAUGACAUCUUCAGCUCAGCAUCAGCUUGGAACAGGAUACGCAAAGGAAGUGGAGCAGGCUCAUAGGAUGGAGGGAGAACUGUGGACACAGCUUCGUCAUAGGCAGAGAGGAGAUGAGUUCUGCUGGAGAGCUGAAGCAAUCAGAGACAUGAGACGGCUGGCUGCAGCUUUCAGACUGUGGCGCUUACAGAAGGAGCUGCUGAGCAAAGAGGAAGCCAGGCUUUUGGGAGCCCGUGCUCUGCUGGAAAAGAAGAAGCUACGAAACAUUUUCUGGAUGUGGCAUUCCCAAAGCUUGGAAAUGAAAGAGAUUCAAACAAUGACAACUCAAAUCCAAAGAAACUUGGUCUCCCGGUGCUUCAGUACAUGGAAGGAGACCGUUGAGCAGAAGGCACUUGACAGGUGCAACCUGGCCCACCUGAGAGCAGUAUCACUGAGGAAGCACUUCCAGCAGUGGGCUGAGAUGCUGCAGGUCAGAGGAGGUGAUAAGCAGGCAGUGGUGAACCUCCUCCUCCUACGAUGGAGGCAGCAUUAUGGAGCAGUUAUGAGCUCAGUAGCUGACAAGACUGUGACAAAGAGGCAUGAAAGUCAGACAUCAUGGACUGGAGAGAGACAGUUUCUGGAAAAAACAGUCUAUUCUUUUGAUGACUUCUGCCAAAAAUUGAAGCUGCAGAGAGUAUAUCUGCUGUGGAAAACAAGGCUGUGUGAGCAUCACAAGGCUGAUUCUUUCUCUCAGACUUUGGAGCAGUGUAAACUCAGAAAAACUCUGAAAUUAUGGCACCAAAAGUAUCUCAUGCUGAAGACAAUUGAACAAAGUUCUAAGCACUUGCAUAGAGCUGUCUAUGAGGAACCUCUUGCCAUGCUGUUUUCUGAGGACCUCUCAACAUCAUCUGGCUUUGACAGCAGUGCACCAGCUACUCUAACCUCUCAAAGCUCAUUGGAAAAGGAAUGCAGUCUUAGUGACAGCAGCCAGCACAGCUUCUCCUCCCUUCUGACUGCUGAGGAUGUCACACACAUGUCAUGUCACAGUUCUUUCCUUCAACUCCACCAGUGCACAGAGCUGCCAGCUGAGCUGGGUGGGGAGCCGUGCUUGCAGACCUCCUUCCCUGGAUCUGGAAGAAAUUGGUUCGUGGGAAAUCAGUUCCAGUCUUCAGUGCUCCAGAGUCCAGAUAAUAAUUCCCAGCCUCUCACCAGUUACUCUGUGUGGGAAGAGGGCUGCAGUUCUGACAAGGAGGUGAAGAGUUGCUGGCAGCAAGCAGAGAAAUACUGCCUGCAGAGGUGCUUCAUUGUCUGGUUAACUCAAACUCACCAUCAUGUAAAGGCCCAGCAGUACUGCAGGCGCAUUCGGCUGUCUCGAGCCUUUCUCAGCUGGCACCACUGGGUCAUGGAAAAUAAGAACCAAAAAGCAGCAGCAGCCCUAAAAUAUGGAGUUCAUUGUUGCCAGAUGGCUUUCAGCCUGUGGAAAAGGAGACUGGCCCAGAAAGUGGAAGUUGACCGCAGAUUCAGGUGUCAUGUUCACCAGAUGGCUGCUGAUGCUCUGUGGCAUUGGCAUUCCUGCUGGCAAAGGAAGCGUGCUCUGGGAGAACUGCAGCAGCAAUGGGCUUGGCACAACUGCCAAGAGAAGAAGAGGCUGGUCCUGCAGACAUGGUAUGACCAAACAAAGAAGCAGAAAUAUGCUGUUUUAUUCUGGGAACGUCUUCUCCUGCACAGGUGCCUUGUCACUUGGGCCCAGGUCACUGCGUGUAAACUGAAGCAGCGUGAAGCCCUCUCUUAUUUUAAAAGAGUCAGAGAGCACCGUCUCCUGGUUGUGAGCUUUAUUAAAUGGAGAGACAAACUCUGGAGAGCUGAACAAGUGCCAGGAGGGAGAAACCACAAGUGGCAGGAGCCCUCUCGAGGUAAAGCCUGUCACCGCUGGCGAGUGGCUACAAGAGGACAGCAAGCCCUGCACCUGGGAUCUGUGGCUACUGUCAAACAAGCCUGCAACUACUGGACCAGAGCAGCUGCCUUUUCCCAGUGCUUACGGCAGCGCAGUACCCUCAUAGGUGUUAGGAAAAGCAGGAAGAUGGCUCUGUCUUGGCCCACAAAAUGCAGAAGAGGCAGAGAAGAAGAUUCAGCACCAACUGGACUUUUUCCCAGUGCCAUUCAGCGCUGGCUGGUGAUCUACAGGAGCCAAAAAAGGGCUGAAAGGUUGCUGGAGAGACCUGAUGUGGUAGGACCCUCUCAUGCACAUGCAAGGAUCCAGAAGAACGCAGCAGAGGUGGACUUGGAGGAGUGGGAUAAGAAGUGGCUUGGGAGGAAAUACCUGAAGAGGUGGAAUCACACAGUGGUACUGCGCCAGUGCCAGCAUGACAGGAAACUGCUCUGUCUGGCAAGGGGAUGGCAUCAGUGGAGGGAAGCCAGCAGGGUGGUGAUACUGGCUCAGGUGCUGGACCAGCAGCGGCUGAUAGAAAAUGCCUGGAGGGUGUGGAGACGAAGCUACUUGCAAAGCUGUGUGGUGCAGAAGCUUUUGGAGGAGGAAGCCAGGAGCCUCCUGUCUCAGGCCUUUGGAAGGUGGUGGCAGCUCACAGCAUUCCAGUGUAAGGACAAAGGAUCCUGCUGAAUGGAGGGGGCCUGCCUGCAGCUGCUGCUGCUCAAUUCAGGACACGUGGAGGAUACAGCUCCUGUCACAACAAAGAGGUGGUCCUGUGCUGUCAAGAAAGAACACUCUGCUCUUAUAAUAAAAGCAGUGCUGCCAGUCAGAAGGAUGACAAAGACUAACUAGGAAGAGAGGGUACCUAGUGAAAGAUCCUCUUUAAAGGACUUGUAUCUUACCUCCUUAGCAACACAAACAGAGAAGUUACUUAGAGUUGUGAGGUUGCAUUCUCUUCUUCUCUGGACCAUGCUUUUGCUGGAGUUCUGAUUAAAGGUCAAAAAAGCCUUAUAGGCUUUCCUUUUA